CGCUCCCCCUGCCCUGCUCGCAGCCCCCCCGGGUGGUCUCAGCCCCCCUCCUUUUGGCAGCUGCCCCCGGGUGCCCAGCCCCGGUGCCGUGCGGCUCCGCACGCAGCCGCCGGCGGAUGUGGGGGAUCCAGCAGCCGCCCGUCAUCGUUUUUUUUUUUCCCCUUUCUGCUGCUCAAAAAGCACAGCAGGGAGCAGGGUCCUGCCCCCCGGGGACAAAGCCACCGGGGAUGUUUUGUCACUGCAGCCAGACCCUGGGGACCAGGGACCCUGCGCCGUGCCAGGGCACGAGGAACUGCCCCGUCACGGCACUGAGCCGCUCCUUGGAGGGGACUUUUUUCUGGUCCUGGCUCUGUCCCCAAGGCUGGGGCUCUUCCUGGGUCACAGCCCCGCUGUUUCAGGUGUGGGGACAACCCGUCUGGGAUGGGACAAAGCAGUGCUUGUGCCUGGGAACGAGGAAGCUGAACCAGACGCCGCGGUGUCCCCGCACCCCAGCGGGCAGAGCCACCCCCUGGUCCCCACACUCAGGCCACCAGCGCUUGGCCUUGGACUCGGGGCCGGAUCCUGCACGCCGGGACCUGGCUGGGUGGCAGGGAAGGGGUUAUCACCACGGCCCCCUCCGGCUCCACGUCCCUCCCCGGUGCCUAUCCUGCCUCCUGCCUGGCCCCGUGGCCAGCCCCUCGCCCCUCCGGCACAGCAGCGCCCGGCGAGCCCGCGGCAGCCUCGGCGCUCAGCCCUGCUCCUGGCCAAGUCCUUGGGGGAGCAGCCGGCGAGGAAGGUGCUUUUGCUGGGUAAAGGUUUCGCUUGGGUUUGUUUUGUCCCCGUCUGGAGAUAACUGGUGCUCGGGCAAAGCCCCUCCUCCUGUUUGCGCUGGGUUGGGGGGAUUGCUCCGUCCUGGCCGCGUCCUUCGGGUGCAGGACGCGCGGCCGACUCGCUCCGGCACGGUUUGGCUGCUCCUGGACGCACCGGGACCGCCGUGCCCUGCCCCGGCCACGCGUCCCCAUCCUCGUUCUGCGUCCCCCUGUGCCUGCGUGCCCGGUGGGGGCUGUCCCCCCCCCCUGCAGCCACCACGCUGGCCCCAGUCGGAGAGCCUGGAGGUGUGGGUGCCGGAGCCCCUCACCUUCAGCCUCUGGGACUACGGGGUCUUCGGGCUGAUGCUGCUGGUGUCCACGGGCAUCGGGCUCUUCCACGGCCUCUCCAAGGGCGGCCAGAAGACCUCGGAGGAUUUCUUCACGGGGGGGCGGCGGAUGGCGGCGGUGCCGGUGGGGCUCUCGCUCUCGGCCAGCUUCAUGUCGGCCGUCCAGGUGCUGGGGGUGCCGGCCGAGGCGUACCGCUACGGCUCCAAAUUCCUCUGGAUGUGCCUGGGGCAGCUGCUCAACACCCUGCUCACCGCCCACCUCUUCCUGCCCGUCUUCUACCGCCUGGGGCUCACCAGCACCUACGAGUACCUGGAGCGGCGCUUCAGCAGGCGCGUGCGGCUCUGCGGCACCGUGCAGUACAUUGCGGCCACGGUGCUGUACACGGGGAUCGUCAUCUACGCCCCCGCCCUGAUCCUCAACCAAGUGACCGGUUUGGACAUCUGGGCGUCAGUGCUCUCCACCGGAGUCAUCUGCACCUUCUACACCACCAUAGGCGGGAUGAAGGCUGUCAUCUGGACGGACGUCUUCCAGGUCUUCGUCAUGCUCUCCGGCUUCAUCGCCGUCAUCAUCCGGGGGCUGCUGCUGGUGGGGGGCCCCGCCAGGGUCCUGGCCAUCGCCGCCAACGGCUCCAGGGUGAACUUUGGCGACUUCAACCCCGACCCGCGGAGCCGCUACACCUUCUGGAGCUUCGUGCUGGGGGGCACGCUGCUCUGGCUCUCCAUGUACGGCGUCAACCAGGCGCAGGUCCAGCGCUACGUGGCCUGCAGGAGCGAGAGGGAGGCGAGGAUAGCGCUGCUGGUCAAUCAAGUGGGGCUCUUCUGCAUCGUCUCCAGCGCGGUGGCCUGUGGCCUUGUGAUGUUUGCGCUCUACAAGGACUGCGACCCCCUCCUGGCCGGCUUCAUCUCGGCCCCGGACCAGUACAUGCCCUACCUGGUCCUCGACAUCUUCCAGACAUCCCCAGGGGUGCCGGGGCUGUUCCUGGCCUGCGCCUACAGCGGGACCCUGAGCACGGCCUCCACCAGCAUCAACGCCAUGGCUGCUGUCACCGUGGAGGACCUGGUGAAGCCGCGCAUGCCCACGCUGUCACCGCGGAGGCUGACGCUGGUGUCCAAGGGGCUGUCUCUGAUCUACGGCACUGCCUGCAUCACGGUGGCAGCGCUGGCCUCGCUGCUGGGCGGCGGCGUGCUGCAG